AUCUAUGGUGGUGUAUUGUUUUGGGGUCAGAAAUGUUCUAUGGUGAAAGCCUCCAAAUCCUGGGUAAGGGGCCAUGAAACGACUUAGGAAUGGGCUUUACCUUAGCUGACUUCUGUGACGGGAGUCGCUUUGGGUGGGGGGGCCCAUGGAACACAGCUCACUUUGGAGGGGUAGGGAGACCCCUGUCUCAGCUCCCCAUAUCCCUCCUAUGUGUAAGUCACCCUGUGCCUGUUAGGGGUACAGGGUGA